AUGUCUGAGCGGACACCUGAAAACAUGAAGAAUCUGGCGUGGGUCGCGGUAUUUCUUCGAAAGAUCGAAUAUUUUGAAGGCAUCCUUUUCCUCACGACAAACCAAAUCCACAUGAUAGAUCCAGCUUUCAUAUCCCGGGUCAACCUUGGAGUAAAAUUCCCAAAACUCGACGAAGAAACGCGUUUCCGGAUUUGGGAAAAGAUACUUAGUGAUCCUGAGGUUUCCGAGGCGGCUUCUCAGCUACUAGAGCAGAGGUCGACGUUGAGGAAAUGGGCGGGAAAACCCCUGAAUGGCCGGCAGAGUAGGAACGUGGUCUAUUCUGCGCGACUCCUGACAGAGCCACAUGGAUCAAAGAUCACUCGGGAAAAUAUUGAGGACGGUAUACAAGAUGCCACCGGAUUCAUGGAUAUGAUAGAAGAAGAGAUGAAAGAAACAGAGAUGAACUAUAUGUCCCAUUGGACCUGA